AUGUUUCAUCCCUUGGUAUUACUGUUAGUAGUAAUUAAAUAUACUUCGGCAUUUGAGGAUUCCAAUCCUGUCGUUUCCAUGUCAAGUGGAGAAGUUCAGGGUAUACUAGGAAGGACUGUAAAUAGGUAUGUUGAGUAUUAUUCAUUCAAGGGAAUUCCGUUCGCUGAAAAACCCAUUGGAAAAUUGAGGUUUGAGCCUCCAGUAAAAAAUCUUCCCUGGGAAGGCGUGCUUGAUGCAUCUCAAGAUAAAGAUGAAUGCACCCAGUUCAAUAGUGAAGGAACGGCAAUAGUGGGUUCUGAAGAUUGCCUUUAUCUUUCAGUUUAUACUACAAAUAACCCAACAGGAAGUAAUAAUAAAUUACUGCCAGUCAUGAUAUAUAUUAGCGGAGGAUAUUUUCAACGUGGAUCAUCAAAAUACGAAGACUAUCCGCCAGACUAUUUCCUAGAAAAAGGAGUUAUAUAUGUAGGAAUGAAUUACAGGCUUGGAAUAUUUGGAUUUCUUUGUACCGAAGAUAUGGUAGUUCCUGGCAACGUAGGAUUAAAAGACCAAAUUUUGGCUAUCCAAUGGGUUAGGGAAAAUAUAAAAUAUUUUGGUGGAGAUCCAGAUAGAAUAACGGUAUUUGGACAGAGUGCAGGCGCGGUUUCCGUUUCUUAUCUACUACAGAGUCGCCUAACCAAAGGUUUUUUCAAACAGGCAAUUAUGCAAAGCGGAACCAGCUUGUGUGUAUGGGCUCUCAAUUCAAGCCCACGAGAACAAGCAUUUAAAGUAGGCCAAUUAUUACAAAUAAAUGCAACUGAUACCAAGACUUUAGUGGAUAAUUUAAGAAAAGUUGAUUAUAUGGCUUUAAAAACGGCAGAGUUUCAGAUCACUAAUAGGGAAACGGUUGAACACUUUAUAAGAGGGCUUCCAUUUGGAGUUGCUCACGAGCCUGAUUAUCCAGGAGCAGUGUUUUCAAUAAGAAGCAAAAGUCAUUUACAAUUAACCAAGAAGGAGUUUCCAAAAAUUCCAAUUUUAUUAGGUUUUACUUCUAACGAAGCUGCUCUGUAUACUGAUCAAAUACAAUUUUUUAAUAGUACAUUGGCGUCUUAUGAUGCUAAUGUCUCAAAAAUUGCACCCACGGGUAUUGUAAAAGAUUCUACCAAAAGGGAAUUGGCAGGAAGAAAAAUUAAAAACCACUAUUUUGGUAAUGAGACUAUUGUCAGUCAACCGACAAAAUUUAUAGAGUUCUUUACUAUAGAUGGUUUUAAAAGACCAAUCAGAGAAUCUGCUCGUUUAUUCAAAGCUGUCAAAAAUUCAAGAAUCUUUUUUUAUCAGUUUGGUUAUAUUGGAAAUUUGGGCACUUCGAAUCGAAACUACAAAGGUGAAAUAGUUAUUUCCAAAUUGGAUAACCAGAAUUAUUAUUAA